AUGGAAUCGAGGACGAUGAAGAUUAUAUUUUAUCUUAUGGUUUUUGUUUUUGUUUUUUGGGAUCCUUCGAGUGCUCAACCAACGGAUCCGGAGGGGUGUUUUAAGGCGUUUAAAAGCACAUCAAGAGGAUGUCUCGAGAGCAUAAAGGGAAUUGUACACGGACAUGUCCAUGAGAUCAAGAAAGAAUGUUGCGAAACCGUAAGUACAGUUUCUGAUUUGUGUUGGCCAAUCAUCUUCCCAAGCAUGCCUUACAUUCGUUUUCUAUUGAAGGGUAUUUGUACAGUCAAAUACUCAUUGCAUUGA